AAGUGUCCUGUGAACCGUCGGUAGCCGGCGGGCAGCAGAGCUGCAGCGGCGGCCACGGCCGGGCCCCCCGACGGGAGGGGCUCCGGAUCGCUGGGAGGCGGCCGAACCCCUGCGGCGCCGCCGCCGGCGGAGGCCCCAUGAGUCGGGGGACGAUGCUUCAGCCCGGAGCGUGGCCGGGGGAGAGCUGUGCAGAGAAGCCGGCGCGGGAGGCGGGGGCCGCGGCGCUGGAGGGCGAGAAAGUGGUGGCCGGGGGCCAGGCGCGAGCCGCGGUGCGGUGCCCGGCCGAGCACGAGGAGGACAUGUAUCGUGCGGCGGAUGAAAUAGAAAAGGAGAAAGAAUUACUUAUACAUGAAAGAGGGUCAUCAGAACCCAGAUUAAGUGUAGCUCCUGAAAUGGAUAUCAUGGACUAUUGCAAAAAAGAAUGGAGGGGAAAUACGCAAAAAGCAACAUGUAUGAAAAAGGGCUACGAGGAGGUGUCUCAGAAAUUCACCUCCAUCAGGAGAGUCCGUGGAGAUAAUUACUGUGCGCUGCGGGCCACGCUCUUCCAGGCCAUGAGCCAGCCGGCCGCGCUGCCCUCCUGGCUGCAGGACCCGGAGCUCACGCUGUUACCAGAGAAACUCAUAAGCAGAUACAGCUGGAUCAAGCAGUGGAAGCUUGGGCUGAAGUUGGAGGGGAAGAGCGAGGAGGACCUGGUUGAUAAAAUGAAGGAGUCCCUCGCUUUACUGAGGAAGAAGUGGACAGGCUUGGCUGAACUGAGAACUGCUGAAGCGAGGCAGAUAGCUUGUGAUGAACUGUUCACGAAUGAAGAAGAGGAGUACAGCCUCUAUGAAGCUGUGAAAUUUCUCAUGCUAAGCAGAGCCAUCGAACUGUAUGAUGAUAAAGAGAAGGGAAGGGAAGUGCCGUUCUUCUCUGUGCUUCUGUUUGCUCGGGACACGUCAGGUGACCCCGGGCAGCUGCUGAGGAACCAUCUGAACCAGGUGGGGCACGCCGGUGGCCUUGAACAGGUUGAAAUGUUCCUCCUCGCCUACGCCGUGCGCCACACCAUUCAGGUGUACCGGCUCUCCAAGUACAGCACUGAAGAGUUCCUCACCGUCUAUCCCACCGACCCCCCCAGGGACUGGCCAGUGGUGACCCUGAUCGCCGAGGACGAUCGGCACUACAACGUCCCCGUCAGAGUGUGUGAGGAGACGAGCGUGUGAG